AAAUAUUUAGCUAAUAAUAUUAUUAGAAGGGACAGAAAUGGAUAGAUCUGUCCCUUCGACGACUGCAAGUGAUGCCUUCCCAUCGACGAAAAUGGAUAGAAUCAUUCUAGGACUUCAAAAUCCCUUGAUGGUCAUUUGAAAUUUUGGACUUGAAAGCUAUCAGGCCCAUAUGAUCGGUUUUAUUUCCAGGAAAAGAAGUGGCAUCUAUGAUAGUUUGAAAAGUGAAAAUCCAAUUUGUUAUCUCGAUUUACCAAGAACGAGUUCAGUCUUGAAUCCAAAUCCACUAUUGGAGUCGAAUUCGCCACCGUAUAUUUUCGUUAAUAUCAUGUUUUAAUUUUAGUACAAACCCAGAGAACUUUCGUCGGAGCCUUGGCUGGAGAUGAGGCAUUCUCCAUCAGAGAAGUUGAGUUGCAGGCAGUGGAGAAGUCGAGUUGUAGGUUCUGGUCGUUUUAUUUUUAUUUUUUAUUAAUUAAGCUUUUAAUCGUUA